CAAAAUCUCAAUAUACAGUAGCCUGUAUUGUUGUUCCUGAAAGGAUUAAGUAAUAUCACGUUUCCAUGGCGGAGAAGCAGCUCAUUGUGGCCGUAGAAGGCACAUCCGCCAUGGGACCUUACUGGCAAACAACUCUCACCGAUUAUCUCGAGAAGAUCAUCAGAGUCUUUUGUAGCAGUGAUGUCUCGGGACAGAAGCCUGCUAGUCAUACUGUCGAAAUGUCUCUAGUUAUAUUUACUUCUCUUGGUACUUUCACAGCUUGCCUAGUACAAAGAACUGGGUGGACAAGAGAUGUCGAUGUGUUCUUAUCGUGGUUAUUUGCUCUAGGAUUCAGUGGCGGUGGCUUUAAUGAUGCUGCUGUCACUGAAGGACUUGCUGAAGCCCUUAUGAUGUUUCCCCCUGUUAGCGGAAACCAGAAUCAACAAAAUGCUGAAAGGCAAAAACAUUGUAUUCUGAUCGCAGCAAGUAAUCCGAAUCCCAUACCCACGCAAAUGUGUCGACUACAUCUACAGAGUUUGGAUCAGGGUAGUGAAACUGACAAUCAAGCAGAAAAUCGACUUGUUGAUGCUGAGACAGUUUCCAAAUUAUUUGCUCAGCGUUCUGUCUCUCUUUCAAUAAUUUCCCCAAGGCUGAAUCCGAAAUACAGGGCAAUUUAUAAUGCGGGAAAAUGCAAUCCACGAGCAGCAGAUCCGCCCAUAUACAGUGCUAAAAACCCAGAUUUUCUUGUUCUGAUAUCGGAGAACUUUAUAGAGGCCUGUUCUGCUUUAAGUCAAUCUGGAGUUGCAGGUCUACCUUCAAAACAAAGUCCUGUAAAGAUGGAUGUAGAUUCUAUUGUUUCUGUUUCUGUGCCACCACCAACUUCUAUGUCAUCAGGAGUUUCGAUGAAUGGAUCCAUGAUGAGACGACAACCAAUCUCCACAGCUAGUAUCCCUCCUGUAACUGUAAAAGAUGAGUCGAAGACGGUUCCCAUGGUUUCAGGGCCUUCUUUACCACACAUUCCAAAUUUUAAAACAUCUUCUCCAAUAUCCGCUCCUCAAGAAAUGCUUUCAAUUACUGAAAACAUACAAGAAUCAAAACCAAUUGUCAGUGGUAUUUCGCAACCUUCGCUUCCUGUUCAACCUGCUGUGGCGAAUGUUAACAUUCAUAACAAUCUCUCUCAAGCACGGCAAAUGAUGAACUCUACAUUGAGUGGGGGAACUUCUAUAGGACUCCAAUCAAUGAGUGGAGCUCAAAUGGCUAUGCACAUGUCAAAUAUGAUAUCCAAUGGAAUAUCAUCUUCUGUGCCUGCUGCUCAAUCGUUACAUUCUGCACAGUCUAGUAUGACCGGAAUUGUAUCUGGGACUCUUCCAGGAACUUCACAAGUUGCACCAAACCCUAAUCCUUCUUCAUUCCCCUCAUCAACUUCAAAUAUAUCUGGAAAUGCAAACACUGGCAUGUCAGGAAUGAACCAGAACAUGAUGAAUAAUAAUACCCUUGAUCCAGUUAAUAUGUCAUCUGGAACUGGUACAAUGAUACACACUCCUGGAAUGACUCAACAAGCACAACUAGGAGGGCAGUCUAUUGGAGCAAGUAACAGUUCUUCUCCAAGUAAGCCUUCUUCCCAGCAGAAUUCUGGUUCACUGCAGGGAACACAAACGAAGUACGUGCGAGUUUGGGAGGGAGAUCUAUCUGGACAUAGACAAGGUCAGCGAGUCUUCAUUACCAAAUUGGAAGGCUACAGGAGUUCAUUGUCUUCUGAGACGAUUGCUGAAAAUUGGCCGCAUACAAUGCAGAUAAUACGACUUAUAUCACAGGAUCAUAUGAACAACAAGCAAUAUGCUGGGAAGGCUGAUUUUCUGGUUUUCAGGGCAGUAAAUCAACAUGGAUUUCUUGGACAACUGCAGGACAAGAAGCUAUGUGCAGUCAUACAGUUACCAACUCAAACACUGCUAUUGUCAGUCUCUGAUAAAGCCUGCCGCCUGAUUGGAAUGCUUUUUCCAGGGGAUAUGGUUGUGUUUAAGCCACAAACACCCAGUCAAUCACUGCAACAACAGCAACAACAGCAGCAACAACAACAACAGCAACAAUUGCAACAACAGCAGCAACAACAACAACAGCAACAAUUGCAACAACAGCAAUCACCUUUAUCUCAAAUGCAACCGCAACAAAUGGUGGGUACUGGAAUGGGUCAAACUUAUGUACAGAGUGGCUCGGCCAGAUCAGGUCAUAUUCCUCAGGGACAAUCUUCAUCAUCUGGUUCCCCAACUUUGCCUGCCAAUAAUGCCUCCUUCCUUAACUGAAA